CUCCGCUUGUUGUAGUGCAGUCAGCAGUGAAAAAUUGUUCUGACAACGGUGGAUGUUUACUAUGUGUUUUUGAGUUUCCUCUACCUUUUUCACUUAAUUUUAACGUUCUGUCUGUAAUUUCCCGUAACUUUUGUGAUAAUCGUGGUGUUUUAUUAUUCGCAAAAAUUUGUCCAGGCAAUGAGACUGCAAAGAGCUUCAGCUGUUGAAGCCAAGUUUUAAAUCAAAGCCAGUACAUUGGCAGAUUCUUGAGCAAGACAUGUCCAUGUUCUUCCUUCUCUUGAUGUAAGAAGAUUUCUCAGUAUCAAAAUGUGAGGGUUUUUUUUCGCUAUGUGGAAGUGCUACUACUAUGUGGACUCUUAUUUCAUGUUAGACACUUCAAUUAAAAGAGUAGAAAGAUAAAUUGGUCAAGGCAGUGCUAUCAGGCUCUGUGCCUGCAAUGCCAGCAGUAGCUCCUCCAAUUGAGAGUGGUGGAGGAAGCACACCAGGAGCGCACCAGCAGGCAAUGAGACAUAAUAUUCACCGCGGGGCUUCUACGCCAACGCCCACUCCGUCCAGCAUGGGUCCGCAGCAGCAGCAGUUCCAGCGGCUCAAAGUUGAAGAUGCCCUUUCAUACCUGGACCAAGUUAAGUAUAAGUUCGGGAAUCAACCACAAGUUUACAAUGAUUUUUUGGAUAUUAUGAAGGAAUUCAAGUCGCAGAGUAUAGAUACUCCCGGUGUUAUAGCCCGUGUCUCCAAUCUGUUCAAAGGUCAUCCUGAAUUGAUAGUUGGGUUUAAUACAUUCCUUCCACCAGGAUACAAGAUAGAAAUUCAGUCCAACGAUCAAGGUUAUUCAUUCCAAGUCUCUGUUAGUUUACCGAGUCCGACUUCUUCGACAACAUCAAUGGCUCCAAGCACUCAAACCAUCCACCAUUCAAUGCACGUUAUUCCAGGAACAUCACUUGUGACUCCACCUCCAUCAACGAAUCCCCCUCCGCCAGCUUCCGCUAAGUCAGCACACUUAUCUUUAAGUAACUCCAAUGUACAGAGUAAUGUAAUCCACCGGUCUCCCUUGGGUAGUCCUGCUGCUAGCAGUCCUGCGAUCAACAACAACUACCCCAGCUCACUCUCUGGUAGCCCUCCUCUGAAAUUAACACAUCUAACGCCAUCGCAAGUCCAAGCUCAUCAAGCUGUUUCUCAAGCUCUAAGUCACGUAGAAUCUGGUCAUCCUACACCGCAAAAUCAGCCAGUUGAGUUCAAUCAUGCUAUCAACUAUGUCAAUAAAAUCAAAAACCGCUUUCAAGGACAGCCAGAUAAGUACAAAAGGUUUUUAGAAAUUUUGCACACGUACCAAAAAGAACAACACGCCAUCAAGGAAGGGCUCCCUGCUGGCGGGACCAUUGGAGGCAAGCAGUUGACGGAAGCAGAAGUUUACUCUCAGGUUGCGAAACUAUUUGAAAAUCAAGAAGAUUUGCUAGCAGAAUUUGGGCAGUUUCUACCAGAUGCAACCUCUCACCAAGCAAUGUUGAGUGCCAAGAGUAGUGAAUUUUCCUCCUUGCCACGCAAACCGUCUUUAAAUCCAAAAAUAUCUGGUUAUAAUAAUAGUAGCAGUAACAGCAGCAGUGGAAGCCCUGGAUCCUGUCCCAAGUACCUUACUCAUCAUUCGUCUAGUACUGGGGUGAUUACAGAACGUAGUGCCAGUUCCUUGAAAAGGCGAUCGCCAUCCUUUUCUAGUUCUCAUCAUAACAUCCCUUACCAUCACCAUCCCCCUAUAAAGAAACCUAAAUUAGUGUCCCUGCGAGAUAUAUCUCUAACAGAAGCUGGGAAGUAUGGCAGUCUCACCGAUUACGCUUUCUUUGACAAAGUGCGGAAAGCCCUUAGGAAACAUGAUGUGUAUAAUAAUUUCUUGCGUUGUUUGAUUUUAUUUAAUGAGGAAAUAGUUUCGAAAGGAGAAUUAAUUCAACUAGUUACUCCCUUCCUCGGUAAAUUCCCAGAGCUGUUUAGGUGGUUUAAAGAAUUCAUUGGUCAAGCUGAAGGCAAUAUGUAUGUCCCUUGUGCUUUGAGUAGAAACGUCUCUCCUGUACACUCUCCAUUAAAUGAUCCAAUUCCUAAUAAUGCAUUAAGAUCAGACAGACCAACUGGCGAGUUAGCCAUGGAAAUUGAUUACACUACUUGUAAAAGACUAGGAGCUAGUUACUGCGCCCUCCCUAAAAACUAUGUUCAACCAAAGUGCAGUGGAAGGACACAAUUAUGUAAAGAGGUUCUCAAUAACACGUGGGUCUCCUUUCCAACGUGGUCAGAAGACUCCACAUUUGUUACUUCAAGAAAGACACAGUAUGAAGAGUAUAUUUAUCGUUGUGAAGAUGAAAGGUUUGAACUAGAUGUUGUAAUUGAAACUAAUGCAGCUACAAUACGAGUUUUAGAAGGAGUGCAAAAGAAAUUAAACCGUCUCUCUCCUGAUGAAGUUAGCAAGUUUAGGCUGGAUGAUUGUCUAGGAGGCACAUCUGCCACGAUACACCAGCGAGCGCUCAGAAGACUGUAUGGUGAUAAAGCAUCUGAUAUUAUCGAUGGCAUUAAGAAAAAUCCUAGUGUUUGUGUACCUGUGGCCCUUAGAAGACUGAAGGCCAAAGAGGAAGAAUGGAGGGAAGCACAGAAAGGUUUUAAUAAAAUUUGGCGAGAGCAAAAUGAAAAAUUCUAUUUAAAAUCUUUAGACCACCAAGGCAUGAACUUUAAACAGAAUGAUCUGAAAGCCUUGCGCUCAAAAUCGUUGUUUAAUGAAAUUGAAACUUGCUUUGAUGAAAGACACGAGCAAGCAGAAGAUGGGCAUCCAAAUCAUGGCCCUCAUUUGGUGCUACAAUACAAAGACAAAAGCAUUAUCGAUGAUGCAGCAAAUCUUCUUAUUCAUCAUGUCAAACGCCAAACUAGUAUAUGCAAAGAAGAUAAACAGCGAAUUAAAUCUCUUAUCAAGCAAUGCAUACCUGAUUUCUUCCACCACCCGCGGCAAGAUCUGAGUGAAGAUGAACGGGACAAAGCCGAUGCAGAAGAAUCAAAAGAAAAUAUAAUUGAUGAUACCAACGAAGAUUCAAAUGGCAAAACAAAGAAAGUAAAGAACACUUCGAGAAGAUCCAGUGUUAGCUCAUUAAAGGAAAACACAAACAAUACGAAUAAUAUUGAUGAACCCAAUCUGCCCCUACCGCCACAUGCAGUCUGCUCGGAUCCAGACGAGUGCUAUACCUUGUUCUUCGGGAACAACAACUGGUACCUUUUCUUUCGGCUCCAUCAAAUUCUCUGUGAUAGAUUAACCACCAUGUACGAAAGGGCAAAUAUAAUCGCCCAAGAAGAGGGGAAAUACAAGUCGCAAAGUAAGAAAUCCACCGCAAUUGCUUUAAGAUUGAAACCAAAAGUGGAAAUAGAAUUGGAGGACUACUACCCUGCAUUACUUGACAUGGUGAAAAAUGUCCUCGAUGGCAACAUGGAGCCUACAAACUACGAAGAUAUGCUACGGGAAAUGUUUGGUAUCCACGCUUAUGUUGCAUUUACGUUAGACAAAGUUGUUUCGUAUGCUGUGCGUCAGCUACAACAUCUCGUCACUGACGAAACUUGCCAAGAGUGUUUGGAGUUACACACUAAAGAAAGCCGGAAGGGAGGAACUGGGGGUCCCUGCUCGACUGCGUUCAACAGGAUAAUGGCAGAACAAGCAUAUCAGCGGAAGGCAGAAAUGGUUCUCCUGGAUGAGAAUUGUUUCAAGAUUGUAAUCUACAAGAAGGAUUGCAAGUUGACUAUUGAGUUGGUUGACAAUAUUGACAACGACCAUGAAGAUGCCGAUGACAGUCGUAAUGUUUCAAAGUGGUCAGAGUACGUUGAUCAGUAUGUUGUUAACCACUCGAAUGCUUUUUUACCAAAUAACAGUGGCGAUGAAAAGGAGAAGUCAGAAAAUUGGAAAAGGAAAGCUGUUUUUCUGCCACGGAACAUCAGAUUAUGGAAAAAGCACCUAGAUGAAUGCAAAAAUUUCCUCAGCAAUGAUAGCGUGUCUCAACGCCCGUUUUCUGUUUGUGAUAAUACUCAGUGCCGCUUCACAACGAGUCGAUACCGAAUGGUGUUUGUAGUCAAAUGUGAAAAUAUUUUAUGCAGGAAUGAAGCCAUGACGCGAGCUAGAAAGUCUCACCCAUCAGUUAGUAAAAAGUUGACCGGUAAAUUUCAAAGUUGGCAUGAAUCUUGGAUACGUGAAAAUGUGUCCAAGUCUCAGAUAGAUGAAACUAACGAAUGGUUACUCGGGCGUGCUCCUGAUACGGCACCAAAUCUUACUCGUAUAGCAAAUGAUAAUCCUUUGGACAAAGCGCCAUAUCGACCGUUCAACAGGUAUCGAGUCACUAUGUUCGCUAAAAAUUGUCCUCCAGUGACGAGUGCGUAAACUGUUUUUAAACAAUGAACCUGUAAUAGGCUGCUGUAAUAUAUUGCUUUUUUAUUUUAUUUUCCGCUCUCAUCAAGUAAUUACUCAUACAAGUAAUUUAUAUAAAUAGUUAUGAAUAUUUAUAUUUAUAAAUAAUGUUAAUAUUAAAAAGAAAGUAGAGUAUGUAAUAAAUAAACGUACAUAAGAGUGAAUAUUAUAAUACACAAGUGAUCUCAACUUGUAAUGUUUCUUAACUGUACAAAUCAGAGGAAAAUAAAAAUAAAAUCUAUUUUAUUAUUAGUUGUGUAAUACUAGUAAAUAUUUUAAGUAAAUUAUUUCUUUUUAAUUUAUUAACUAUUUUGUAUGAAUGAAAAACUUAGGUGUAAGUUGUAAAAUAAUGUAAAAAGUAAUUUAAUCAGGAUUUUACGAACGUACAAUUGAGCGUCUGGAUGCACAAAUGAUGUUACUCUGUUUCAGUAUUACCAUUUUUUGCUUUUGUCUUUGGUGAUUUUUCUAAGCCCAUCCAUGUUGAGAUGAAUUUUACAGGAUUUUCUUAUUUUUUAUUUCUGCGCUGAAUGAUCCAUGGAUUAAAUUCGUCGUAGCAUGAAUUUUUAUGGGCCAAGACUGUAAAAUUUUUGCAACAAAUGGAAUUAUUGUCGUCAAGUGACAUGUGUUCUGCAGCCAACAGUCCAAUUGAUAUCAUUGAUCAUUUUUUUUGCAGCAAUUUUUCCCCUAGGAAGUUAAAUGCUCUCGUUUACCUCGAGUUUAUUAGUUGUGUAUAUAAAUCAUGAUUAAUAACAUUAUCCAUACACUUACUAUUAAUAUGUCAAUGUUAUUCUUGUGUAGCCUAAUGUUGAUUUCAUUUUUUUUAUUUAUUUAUUUAUUCUUACCCAGACAUAUUUUCCAUCUACAUAAUUAUGACUUUGCGUUUAGUUUCAAUUAAAGAAUUACAAAAAAAGAAAAAAUUGAGUAAUUACAAAUCGCUACCCAACUAUCUUUUUUUCCCCUUCAAAAAAUAUACUGAGCAGCGGCUCCAGCCUCUCCCCUGCCAGGCUGAUUUUCAUAUUCUACUUUUUUUCUCUGGUGAGGAAAUAUUAGGCACCAUUUUUCUCUUAUUAUCAAUAGUAAUUUGAGCUUUCCACAAUCAGUGCAAGCAUUCUUAUACCUCCAUCAUACAUUUUUCCUUGUGUCCAUCUCAGAGAAGUUUGUUGAAGAGAACAUCUAAAUUGAAGCUGAUAUGAACAAAAUCCUUCAGUAAUCUUAAAGUUAGUUCGUAUAUCAAGAUAACUUCCAUAGCUGCAAGAUGAAAAAUACUGUGGUGGAAAUGAUCAAGAGUAAAGUAUGAUACUGUUGAUGUAAUGCUUUUUGUUAAUAGAUAAUCCAACUGCCCUCAAAUAUGGCUGGUUCAAAGACACUCCAAAAAUAAUUUCAUGACUCAAGCUUUCUGAGUAUAAUUCAUAGUAUAGUUCAUUCAACUUUUAAUAGUUUAAAAGAUCUGCCCAGGGGUUUUUUCACUCUCUUUACCGCACUUUUAUAUGCCAUCACUCGAUGGAAAUAAAUUUUCAUCUGCUCCACAGAUGUGGCCAAGUGUUAUGAAUGAAGUAGAGAAAUCCAAGCUGAACAUGGAACAUACUUUCAGAAUUAUUAGAAUUCACCAUAUAGUCCUCUUCCUUAGCUUUGUAUGUGCUCUUGUUGGGUUUCAGUGUCUUUUAAACUUGCACCGAAAAAGCAGCGUUAUAUCCAUGUUCAACUUAAUUUUGGAAGUAAUUUCAUUGCAAUCAUGUCCAGAACUAAAUGUUCUCUCACUGAACAGUCAGUGACGCAGUGAUUUUCGAAAAAUCAAUUCUAAAAAGUCCGCUGAAGUACAGCUACUGUAUUCGGGAUCGAGGGUUUAUUUUUGGUUUUUUAAGUAACCCCGUAAUAUGAUCUAGUAACUGUAUUUCAUCAUCUGAAAAGUAAUGAAACUGUUCCCUGUAAUUGUCCUGGUAAACCCAACGUUGGUUUUUUUGGAGUUGUACUUUUCUCUACUCAGAAUGAGAUCAAUUUUUUUUUAUUUUUUAUUUACUUAGCAUCAUUAAAAUUCUUUUUUUCACAGUUUCUCAAUUUAUCAUGAAAGAAUUUUAUAUCUUGACUAAAUCUUGCUGAAUAUAUGUCACAAAUGUUUUUACAUUUUCUGACCUAAGCGUUGUUGCUAUCCUAUAAUUGGUUGCUGUCAGUUUCAAACAUGCAUAUGAUAACUAGUCAUCUUGACAGUUUUCAUAGUCUUCCUUUUGUCCCAGUCUGAUUUUCAAAUGAGAGAAAGUCGUAGUUCUAAAAAAACAAGUUUCGUUUGGUUGAAACUACAAAUCUCCUUUGUCUAGUAUCCUAUAUUGUUUGUGAAAUCAAGAAAACAUGCAUCUCAGUUUACCAUGUUGCAAAUUUCCUGCAAGAUUUUAUUCUUAUGCAGGAAAACCAACUGAUUUCAUUUUGAGAGAAUCUGCAUGACUAUCUCUUUUAAUUCCAUGAAAAAUUGGUCGCAUAACGAUAGAUUUCUUAAAUUUGAAGGGAGGGAAAAAAAAGAAUCACAGCCACAGAGAUGCACGUUUAUCUAAUUUUAAAAUCGACAUUCAAUAUCAUUUCUGAUGUUCUUCAAGGAUUAUUUGUUGCAUUUACUUUCAUUUUAUCGUUUGCUCUCCAAUAUUCUUUCUUUCCAUGUCAUAGAAGGUUUUUUUUCUUUUUCAUUACCUGAAGAGCAGUGUAUUUAUUUACUCAUGAAACAAUUGUUGUAAGACCUUGCAUCUUUUAACAAGAGAUAAAUCCAGUUUCUGGAAUUAGAAUUGUUCAGUUUAUUUGACCAAAAUUCAAGGCAGAUGAUCAGAGGAGCGUGAAUCUUUACUAUCUUUUUGCAUAGAUCCCUCUGAAUUUCAGCCAAUUUUUUUCUUGUGCCAAUACCAGUCAUGUUCUGGAGCAUCUGGUUUUCGUUCAUGCUAACAUUACAAUGUAUAUUGUUGAAAUGAACCUAUUUUUUCCCUCUUCUUGCGAGAAGCGAGGAACGUUCAUUUUGGAAUUUUGCUUUACCAUCCAGGAGCAAUUUGUCUGCCCUCUUGAAUUUUGGUACAUUUUCCAGCUCUUUUAAUUAAAUUUGACUGUUCGUUUCCUCGCAGACAUGUUAUGAGUUGUGUGCUGUGAUCUAGUGAUGAUUUUUAUCAAUGACUUGUUUCUAUUAGCUCUCAUUUUAUUGUCAUCAGUAACUUUCAAAAGUCUCUAACAUAUCUGUCCAUAAUAGACUCAACGUAAAAAGUUACUAGCUCCUCAUUUUUUGUCUGCAAAAAGAUCGAUACACAUUUCUCAAGUAGCAAUUUUUGCUCAAUUUUUUAUAUCUAUUAAAGCAUGAAACCAUUUGUCCUAAUCAUGAUAAUUCUAGAGGCUCUGUAAUAAAAGGUCAUCGGUAUUCUUGGAUUGUGGAAUGCCUGGUUGUUUUCCUUAGAUGAUCUUUUCCAUUUGGUUGGCUGCUUGUACAUUUCUAAGUUUCAGACGUGUGUAAAUAUGUGUAAUUUUUAUGAAUGAUGUUUUAAUUUUUUAAAUCUCUUUGAACUCUAUUAUUAAUAAACCUGUGUUUUAAAAUAUA